AUGCAAACCGGCAUGGAAGUGCAGGACCCAACGGAGAGUGUCCCGCUCAGUUACGCCCUUCUGGAGCUGCCGCCGAAGAAGGAGCUGCGCAAGAAGGGCUACCGCAUAGAGGAAAUCAACACCACCUCCACACGUGACCACCCACUCUCCAAAUGGACGACACACACAUUAAAGAGGGGUGCCACAUACCGUGACGCUCUUGACGUCAUUGAGGAGGCGAACAAAAAGUCGUGGGGACUGCUGAAAGCUCGCAUUCAUUUCUCUUGUGGCUCUUUUGAGACUUACGCGCGCCUCAAGCCAAAUGAUCCUGUGUCACUGAAGCACACCGGUACAUAUGACCCCAACGGCGUGUACAAGGUCAGCACCAUUGAGGCGUCUGUGGCAGGUCGUGCCCGCUUAUUUCCGCUUUUGAAGCCCCUUGUCGAUGAGCGCGGGCACCACACCUGCUCGAAGAAACUUCCACGCACUUUUGCGCCACAUUUAUUGUACAAGGAAUGCCCGCCACCGGUACUGACGCAGGCUGGUUAUGACUUUACACCGGUGAGCCAUAACGCCUUUUUGCUGCGUCCUAGUGAUCAUCCGCAAGGAGUGCGGAAUGUGAAGAGUGAUUUUAUGAAGGAGAGUUGCGACUACCUGCCGCGGUCGUACCUCCGUGAAAAGGUUGGCAUCUGUGCGAACAGUCGACAUCGCCAUUGCGCUGAGGUGUACCAGGUUGGGGACUACACGGCGGAUUAUGCCCGCGCUACUGACGUGGUGAAUCAACGAAACCGCGUCGUUAAGAAGGAUUUUACAACGACAGGCGCGCUGAAGUCAAACAGCACCAUCGUGGGACGGCGGUACGCAAAAGCAGCGACGCUUCCUUGUGCUCACCAAACCGGCGUCAAGGAGGGGGUUACCGCCGCUACUACCACUGCUGCCAACAACGCCGUGGAUAAAGAUCCCAAUGAUGCCACGGCACCCCAAGAUAAGGAUUUGAAGCAGUCAAAAGAAAAGCCUGCCGUGUGUUUUGAAGAAGAGCAGGGUAACAAAGUGGCGUAG